AUGGCAAAGUCUACCUCGGGAAGUUUCGAUCUGAAGGAACCUCCGCCUUGGCAAAGCUGUCAAUACUGCCUUUCUCCCGUAUCGACCCGGACUGAUCCAUCGCUGCCGCAACAUCAUUAUCCGCAGCAGCAGCAACAGUGGCCACUGCACGACUCACAGCCUCCCCAACAGCAGCAGCAGCAGCAACUGUUUUUGUUCAAAAAUACCGAAGAGUUUGUAAGGCACCUUCGCCAGCAACACUGCACCGUGGAAGGUGGCUCGUACGUGUGUCGCUAUGGUUACAAUGGUGUGUGCUCGUCGUUACCGUUGGACGGUGUUAGCGAUCGUGAUUACGACAUGCACGUAACCCGGUGCCACGUAAACGCCCAGCAGAAGGAACCGCACGUCAAGUGGUCGGUGUUUUCGGCCGCCCAAAACCUGCCAGCCGUGCUGAACGAUCCGAGCCGGGGUAAGCAGACCAAUUUCUUCACGAAGAAAUGGGGCGACGCAUUUGUCGAAGGUACGUCAAUCGGACCAUCGCCACGGCUCGCCGACAUCCGGUGGGACCAGUUCGAUGCGUACCUGAAGCGCAUCGGCAAACGCUACCGGGUGCAUACGCGAAUCGCUAAUGUGCCGACAGCGAACGCUACUAGUCAGCAAGCGCUUGUAAGCGAUCGACUUCCGAACGGUGCCACCGCCAGCCUGAAGGACAUCCCGGAGGUGUUCCUCAAGCAGAACCUCGAGCUGCACCGGCCUGCAACGUUUGGGGCGGCAUUCGCCGGCAUCGGCACGGAGGGCGGCGAACAGACGAGACAAUCGAGCCGGCAGCUACAGGAGCGGCUUAGCCACUAUCUGGACAUCGUGGAGGUGCUGAUUGCGAAACAAGUCGCGGACAAAUCGUCCGCAUUUUUCCACGCCAUGACGUCGCAGGAUGCGAUCAUGGAGCAGAUGACGGACGCGCUAGCGAAUGUGAAGCGUUUGCGUGGCAAGAUCCAGCAGAUCGACGAUAUGAUCGUGAAGGAAUCGCUCCAGGUGAUCCGGGCGGAACGGAUACGGGUCAACAACAAUCUGGUGCUGGAAAAGCUCAAGCUGAUGUCGACGGUACACCAAACCCAGCCGAUGAUACAGCUGCUGCUCAGCACGCAGGACUACGUGGCGGCACUGGAUCUGAUCAGCACGACGCAGGAAAUUCUUGGCCAGGAACUGACCGGUGUGCACUGCUUUCGUCAUCUGCCGUCGCAGCUGUGCGAGAUGGAGCUGCUUAUCGAUAAGAUGCUAAAGACGGACUUCGAGCGAUACUCGACCGCUGAUCUUAACCGGCCGUUUCCGGCCGACACUGGCGAGGAGCGUGUGCUAGAAGAGGACAAGCUGAUAUGCAUCAUUUCCGGGUUGUUGCGCAAGCGAAGCCUUGACUUUAUUGAUACGUACCGUGACGAAGCAAUCACCACGGUACGGGCGAUUGUGAAGCAGCUCGUGAUCGAGGUGAUCGCUUCGGGCGAUGCCGAAGUCUGUUUGACUGGGGCCGGUGAAGAGGCGCAAAGUUUGUCAUUGUCGGAAUGGAUUCUACUGCUGGAAGGUGCAACCGGGACGCUGUUGAAGCUGUUGCGGCGCAUACGGGCCGUGCAUGAUGUAAUGCAGCAGACGGCCGAUGCAAGUGCCGGCCGGCUUACGGAUGAUGUGAGCUUUAUCGACACGGAAGCGUUCCUUUCGGCGGGUGAUUAUAGUGUCGUGCAGGAUAAGCUGGCGAAUCUGCUGCAGAGCGUAUGCAAUUACUGCCACGAGCGUUGUGCAAAUCUCGUGUCGAACCAAAGUCUCGAGAAAAGUUCCGUCAGUGCGGAACAGAUUGCACAGUUGGCGCAGAUUGUGGAGCGGUUUACCGACGGAUGUCAGGUGGCGUGCGGUGUGCAGAGUGUCCCGUUAAAGUUGGCCCUCUGUGCGCAGGGUAAUCGAUUCGCGCAAAAGUUCCACACCGAGCGGAAGUCGAAGCUUGCCUUGUUGCUGGACAGCGAGCGCUGGAAGCAGGCCGAAGUGCCAGCCGAGUUUCAGACGAUGGUCGAUUGCAUUGCACGGGGUGAGUUUCACUGGAGCAAACCGCAAGCACUGAAUGGACCGCAGCAGACGAAUGGUGUGACGCAAUCACCACCACAAUCCGUGCUGAAGGUGGAAGGAGAACCGUUUGCACUGGUAGGAGCCGCCUUGCUGUUGGUGCAGAUCGUUAGCGAAUAUUGCCGGUGUGCGUCCCAGUUGCCGGUAAUCGCGCCGCAGCUUGGCCGGAAUGUGGUUGAUCUAUUGCGAAUGUUCAAUUCCCGCUGCUGCCAGCUAGUACUGGGAGCAGGAGCACUUCAUGUAGCUGGCCUUAAAACCAUCACUAGCAGCAACCUGGCACUGGUGUCCCGGGCGCUCGAACUAGUCCUGUGGCUAUUGCCACACGUGAAACGUCACUUCCGCUCACUGGACGGCUCCGGUGCGUCAUCGCUUGCAUCAGUCAACAACAACAACAACACCAUUACUACCUCCGGGACGACCGUACCACUAACGAAUGGAGGAUCACACCCGAUCAGUACCAACGGCAGCACUUCCUCCUCUGCUGGGUACGAUUCGGUGCAGAAAGAUUUCGUCAGCCACAUCAAGGAGAUCGAGAACAAGGUACUGUCGAUCGUGUGCGACGUGGUGACGGGUCAGCUCAACAAUUGGGACGCACGGCCACCGGUUCCUUCGCAACCGUUCCGCAACAUUAGCCGCCAGUUUGUGAAGCUGCACGAAGCGAUCGCGCCGAUCCUGCCAGAAAAGCAGGUGCACACGAUUUACCGGACGGUGCAGCGGAACUUUAAGGAUAAGCUGCGGGAACAGCUGCUGAAGAACAACAUCACCAACAAUGGUGGCCCGCAGCACGGGGUCGUCGUGUCGGAGCUUACGUUCUACAUGGAAACGCUCCGGACGCUCCGCGCGAUGCCGGUAGACGAACUGCACGACGAUACGAUGGAUGAUAUUUGGCUAAAGUAG